AGUUAAUAAGGUCAUUUUAAUGUGGGAUUUUAAGUAUACCCAAUGGACGUGUUGAGAUUUAUUUUUUAACUUUGUUUUAUUCUUCUUUGUAAAUGGUAUGUUUAUUCACAGCACUAGAGAUAAUCAAAAUUGUUUAAUUUUUCACUUGUCAGCAAUAAAUUAUGGAGUCAUCUCGAGUGUAGUUGUUUCAUAUGAUAGAUUGGAGUUUAUUGUUGAAACUUACAAAGUUUAUCGAUGCAUAUUGUUCGAGAUGACCGAUUUCCUACGAAGUAUUUGAUUGUUUCGAAUUUCUUGUCCAUAGAAUAAUAUGAAGCGUCAGGUUCUGCUUAGUGGAUAUUCAUAAUACCAAGACAUAUGUGCUUAGUCUUAUAAAUAAAUGUGACCUUGAUUUAUGUGUGUUUGAAAUAUUCCCUGAUGACGUUUACUCUCCUUGCUAAACUGAACUUCUAGUUGAAAUACAGAACCAUUUUUUGUCAUAAAAUGCAAACAAAACACAUGUUCAUUUAAGCUGUAAAUAUAACGAACUCAUCAGUUUGUAUGGGAAUGAGAAUAGCUUUGUGAAAUUACACAAAUGUAAAUAUUUACUCCAGCGUUUUUGUGUAGUUAUUCAAAGCAAAAUAUUCUUCGCUUACUCUUGCGGUGCUUUUAGGGAAAAAACAAGUGGAGCUCUUCGUUAAGGGAUUCUUUGGAAUUCCUUCCGACAUCGUAUAUGAUGUAUGGAAUUUUCCAUGAGAUACUUAGGUGGAUCUAUACAAUGGUGCAUUUUCAUAAUUUUUACUUAAGUUCAACAUGAAUCCUCAAGCUGAUAUGUGUGCUGACUGCAAUGCGCCAUCUCCACAAUGGGCAUCGGUCAACCGCGGUGUUUUAUUGUGUGAUGAAUGCAGUUCUAUUCAUAGACAGCUCGGAAGACAUAUAAGCCAGAUUAAGCACCUUAAAAAGUCACGUUGGAGACCAUCACAACUUUCAAUGGUCCGUUAUCUUGCAUCCGCCGGAGCUAAUGGUUAUUGGGAGCACAUUCUAUAUGAACCGAUGCUCAGUGGUCCCAACGCAGAUCAUCAUCGAUUAAGCAAAUCAUUUCAACCACAUAAAAAGCCAUUACCAUCUGAUCCAGUGCAUCCAACAAAAGCUGACUUUAUACGAGAAAAAUAUUUAUUUCUGGGAUUUUUUAAGAAACCACGAAAUAUUAAUCAAGAUGAUUUAAAUCAACAACUUCACGCCAGUGUCCGAACGGGAGUUUUAGAAACUAGCUUAUAUUUACUUGCAUUGGGUGCAAAUCCUAAUUUUCUUCAUCCAACCAAAGGCACAGCACCGAUUCAUGUAGCCUGUCAAUAUGGUCAAAUUGGUCAAGUGGAAUUGUUAUUAGCCUACGGAGCAGAUGUGUGUAUUCGUGACUCAUCUGGAAAAACUGUGAUAGAUUUAGCUUUGGACAAAGCAUUAGCAUUAAAUGAAUCAAUGAGUUCCAAGAAUGAAAUUAAACUAAUGCGACGUGAAGAAAAGUUGCAAUUAGCAUGGUCUUCUAUGGUUGAUCUUCUUGUUUCAGCUUAUUAUGAUUUAACAGAUAGUUUAGCCUAUUUUUUAACACGUCAUAUUCCAGAUCACAGAGCUGCUUUCUUUGGAAUACACAGAAAUAAUUCCGGUAUGAUUGAAUCCUCCAAGCAUCCAGGACUAUUUAUUUCAAGUAGUGAUAAUAAUAAUAAUAAUGAUAACGGUGUUAUGAGGAAUGGUCAUUUCUUGAUUUCAACCUCAUUAAUACAUGAGGCAAAUGGUACAUCAUUAGCAACGAAAUCAAUCAAUUUGCAUUCUAAUAUCCCUGGGCCUACUACCAACACUACUAAUGGACAGGAAGACUAUCAAGACGACUGGAUUGUUGAAGCAAGAGGAAGAUUAAGUAAAUUAUCUAACUUGGCUUUUAGUGAUUUAUGCAUUGAUGUAUACGAUGAAGCAGAUCGCCGUUUAACAAAUUCAUUCCUUGAAAAUAUUGAUACAUUUAAAAGUUCAAAGCAUUCACACAAUUACUCUGUGUUCAAUGGUUGUCAUAUUGAUAAAAGUGUGUUGCACAAUGGUGGUAGUAGUAAUGCCAAAGAACCUACAUCUGUGCCAAUCCCACCUCCACAUAGAGUAACAACGCUACAUCAAACGACUAAUUCAGCUAGUGUUAAUUUAACUUUAUUUUUUCUACCUCCAAAUACAAAUUAUUCCUCUGUACGUAAUCAAGCACGUCAAAAAUUAGGUCGUUUAUCUACAAUUGAAUUUCACACAUUAACACUUGAUGUUCUAACAGAAGCAUCAAUUCGCCUUUUACCUUUAUUUUUACCAAUGAGUCAUGUAAAUACUGAGGAAAUGUCAUUGAAUGAAAUUAGAAAGUUAGAAAGACCACGUCAUUCAUAUAUAGACUAUAAUAACUCUGCUGAAUAUUAUCAUCAUCAUCAAUCACAUACAGUAAAUGAUUACAUUGGCUCUCAUAGGAAUGUACCUUUACCAUCCAUACCAUCAUCAAAGACAACAGAUCCUGAUCUGAUUGACAGUGAACAACAUCUGCAUAGUACGAACAAUAGUAGUCAUGAGAGUUUAUGCGAUGAUGAAGUAGAUAAAAAGUCAAAUAAUACUAAUGAUCACUUCGAUAUUUCCCCUAUAGAGCCAAUAGCUUCAGAAGAUUUAUCAGAACAAGAGAAUUCACAGAUAUUGACACCAUCGUCACCUUCCGUUGAGAAAACAAAGAAAGCCUUGACAAAGAAAACAACUCGUCUAGGUCGUUCUCGGGAUGAUCCUGUUUAUGAUCAGGUAGCUGGUGAAGUGGACAUCAAUGAUGCUAACAACUGUUUAAACACCACUCAGACAAUCGUAUCGUCUUCCUCCCCUGCUGUUUCUCUUUCAUCUACAGAUCAAAUAGCACUUUCUGUGAAUGUACAAACAACAAAUAUGAACUGUGAAGAUAAUGGUCGUCAAAAUCGAACAGACACUUUACUCAUUGAUAAUAGUAAUAGUUCAUCAGUUUCUCCAAUAUCACCUAUUGAUGGAAAAGAAUCAAGUAAAACUCGACAACAAAAAGGUGUUGAUGGUGAUGGCGUUGACGAUGAUGAAUCUGAUUUAACUGGUCCAAUACCUCCGAUAACAAGUCGUCCAGGCCCUGUACCUGGUUCACGUCGUUUACAUUUAUCACAUACUGGUCGUAUAGUUCAACAUAGAGCUAGUGUACAUACAACCAAUAGUUGUAUUACUACAACUGCUUCUACUGUGAGUGAUACUAGUGCUAAUUCUAUUUCUGUACCAGAUUCAACAGUUAAUAUCAUGAAAUCAUCUGAACACACGAAGAAUACUACACUGCAUUCACUCAUAAACGCUUAUAAUACAGAAAGUACUAAUGGUGUUGCACAAAAUCAUCUAAAUGCACAUCAUCAUCAUCCGGAACCAUGUUGUAUAGCUGCACGUAAUGAAGUGGAACGUUUACGUAAGGAGAAUACUGAAUUAAAAACUCAGUUAUCUGAUCUACAGAGUAGUAAAAAUGUUGUAGAACAACGUUUGGAAGACUUAGAGGGACGUAUGAUCCAGUUGGAUUCUGUUGUUCAAGCAUUAAAAGAGGAGAAAUCGGCCUUACUAGCAGCUUUCUCCGCCGGGAUGGUUAUGGUGCAUAAUCCGUUAAAAAGUAGUCAUUCUAAAAAUCAACCGGUCAGUUCAACCUCAACGAUAACAGCCUCAACAGCGAUGACAACAACAACAACAGCGGCAAAAACUAACUCUCCUCAUUUGAAAGCUACUAAAAGUAUUAGUUCAAUUGCAUGCGAUAAAGAACAUCCUGCAUCUCAUGCUUGGGAUUAUGAAAAAGAAGAGGAGGAUGAGGAUGAAAGUAUAGGUGAAGAUAUUAAUGAAGUGAUAAGGAAACGUAUACAUGAUCAAGAAAUUAGUGAAGCAGACAUUGAACAGUACAAAGAUGAUGAUUCGGAGUAUGAUAUGGAAAGAGUUGGUGGUGAUAAAUCUAUAAGUGAAGGGAAUUAUGCCGUUGGCUCACAGUGUCUAGAUUCCGGUGUACUACUUAGGCAAGGCAUUAUUUUACGCGGGAGUCGAGGUGAAUCACCGGCAUCAGUUGGCGGUUUGACGCAUCAAUCUGGUUUUGUUCAUUCCCAUGCUCCUCUGCCUCAGCCAACUGUAACUCCAUCAUUUCGUAAUUCUGUACAGAAUACUAAGUUAAGUGAUAAUAAUGAAUGUGGACAAAGACAAUCAUCUGUAUUUACUUCAACCAAUCAGGUUGUAGUUUCUUCAACAUCACAAAAUUUACCAGCUUAUAUUAAUGCACCAAAUCUUGUCCAACAUCCUGUAUCAAAAACCAAAGCAGCGUUGGGAUCGACUGCUACCGUUACUUUUGCAGAAGCCUCAAAUCCUGAUUUACCAGAUGAUUAUACAGCACCUAAUGCUACUGGUUCCCCUUCACCUGCACCAUUACCUAUCAGUCAAAGUUUAACAAGUGCAUCAAGUAGUCAUCGUAUUAUAACAUCUGGUGUAAAUGUUAACAUUCCUGGAGGUCAUCCUCAUCACCAUCAUCAUCCUGGAAAAUCUUCAUUUCUACCAAACUCACGUUUAAAUAAGCCUACAUUGAUGGAAGGUAGAAAACAGUUACAUCAUACGGAAGUUUUAGUACCAAUGAGUAAAUCAUCUCCUGAUUAUGAUAAUGCUUCUCGUUCAUCAUCAUCGUCAACAACAACAACACAUUCUUCGAAUGAGUCAUCGUUUCAUCCAAGUGGUAAGCAAUUGCCUGGAAAACAUAAUGUACCCACUGGUAUUGGAAGUGGUGAUCAAGUUUGGAAAGCUCCCAGUUCUGAACGUGUUGUCCGGUGUGUUGAAACAAUCAUUAUGCGUAUUCGUAAUCUGGUAGAGUUUGCCAAUGGUGAUCGUCGUGGUAAUACUGCACAUUGUUCACGUUUAAUUCAAUCAGCUAUUCAAGAUUUAUUGAAUUUAUUCCCUCCACAUGAACUUCGACCUGUUGAAGUAGAAACUGCUUUGAAUGAUUUAGCCUCAGAAUCACAAAAUUUACGAAAACACUGUGAACAGCUCUCUUCUGCAUCUGAUGGUCCUGAUAGAUUUGAGAUAAUGACUUCAACGCAAACAUCCAAGACUACUACUGUUCAUAAUAGUAAUACUGGCAACAAUAAUAAUUCUCGACCAGUUCCAACAGAAAUCACAGUGCUAAUCCGUCAUGCUCAUCAUAUUGCCAGAGCUGCCAAAGAUUUACUAUCUCUUUUUCAACGAAUUGAUCAAUAAAAACAAAGUGUUGUGAAUUUUCAUCCCCACUGGCUGUUUCUUCUCUGCUGUUGUUGUUGUCUUAUAUGUGCAUUAGUUUAACUUUUUUGUUUUAUUCAAUCAAAACUAAGUGAAUCAGAAUCAGGCGGACAUUUUAAAAAGUAAAAGCUCUCCACAGCAAUUUGCAGCCAUAUUACGUCUAGUCAAAGUGUGUGUACACAAAACAUAUAUAUAUAUAUGAAAUAUUGUAAUACAGUUUAACUUUUAUCUUCCUUUCAUCUUUUUUUUAAGCAAAAAUAAGCUUUCACUUUUAUUUGUUUGUUUGUUUGUUUGUUUAUAUGUGUACGAUUUUGUUGACUUCACUAUAAUUAAUUUGUUUUCUCUUUUUUCUUUAAUUUAUUUUAUGAUUAUUAUUAAAAAAGAGAAAUCUUUAUUUAUUUUAUGAGCCACUGUGUUUUUAUUUUAACUUGAUUUUAAUUUGUCUCCUUUUUUUCUGGUGUAUUUUUCUCGUGUAUAUUUAUUAUUAAGGCCCAUGCUGCUUUAAUUGUUAAAUAAUCGGCGGGGGACUGGAGGGGGUAUUUGGAAGACUACAUUGUUUAACUUCAAAUUUUAGGAAAAAGUUACACACCUUCUUUGGCUUCCUAUGAAAUAUAAUUAUUUUUAUUAAUGUGAUUAGAUUUUUCUUUAAAUAAGAAUAAAUCAUGGUUCAUCAGUUCGCCUGUCAUUUGUUACUUCAUUCCUCGCUUACCAAGUGGAAUAUAGGACUACGCUGUGGGGUUUGUCGUUGCUAGCUUUACUCCGAACU